ACAGCAGGACAACAGUCAUCAUGCUGGGUUCUUGGAUUCUGGUUGUGUUUUGUGUCUGCCUCCUCUUCUUUUUCAUCAGGAUUCAGAGGCCCAAGAACUUCCCUCCAGGACCAAGACCAAUUCCUAUAUUGGGGAACUUGUUUCAUUUUAACAUCAAAAAUCCUUUGAAAGACUUUGAGAAGUUGGCUGAGCAAUAUGGAAACAUUUACAGCCUGUAUAUUGGUACAAAACCAGCUGUUGUUCUUAAUGGUUUUAAAACCAUAAGAGAAGCUCUGGUGAUGAAAUCUGGAGACUUUUCAGGACGCCCGCAGAGCCUAUCUAUGGAUGUAACUAAAGGAAAAGGAGUCAUAAUAGCUGAUUAUAGUCUUCACUGGAAAGAGCAUCGGCGCUUUGCUCUCAUGACCCUAAGAAACUUUGGUUUGGGAAAACAGUCUAUGGAGAACAGGAUUCUGGGGGAAAUUGAGCAUCUUAUUACAAAAUUGGAGAAACAUGCUGGAAGUUCAAUCUCACCUCAGACUUUGUUCCACGAUGCUGCAUCAAAUAUCAUCUACCUAGUUUUGUUUGGCACCCGCUAUGAAUACGGUGAUGAAACACUUAAAGCGUAUGUUCGACUGUUUACUGAAAACACAAAGCUUGCUCAAGGACCUUGGGCGAUGAUCUAUGAUGCACUUCCUGUGGUGAGGUCCUGGCCCCUUCCCUUUAAAAAAGGAUUUCAUAAUUACAGCAGACUUGAAACCUUGACAGCCAACAUGAUCAACAAGCACAAGACAACAAGAGUCCCAGGAAAACCAAGAGAUUUUGUUGACUGCUAUCUGGAUGAACUUGAGAAGAGUGACAAUGAAUCCACUUUAAGUGAAGAAAACCUUGUGUCAUAUAUCAUUGAUCUACAUGUAGCUGGAACUGAUACCACAUCCAACACACUCCUUACAGCGAUUCUCUACCUCAUGGUUCAUCCAGACAUACAGAAGAAAUGCCAGCAAGAGAUUGAUGAGGUUAUGGAGGGAAAAUCUCAGGCAUCCUUCGAGGACAGACACAACAUGCCAUACACACAGGCUAUGAUUCAUGAGUGUCAGCGCAUUGCCAUUACUGUCCCUCUGAGUGUGUUCCACUGUACCACAAGAGAUACUGAAUUGAUGAACUACACCAUACCAAAGGGAACAAUGAUCAUCCCCAACCUGUCCUCAGUGUUAAGUGAAGAAGGCCAGUGGAAGUUUCCUCAUGAUUUUAACCCAUCAAACUUUCUAAAUGAUGAAGGGCAGUUUGAGAAACCUGAGGCCUUCUUGCCCUUUUCUGCUGGGCCUCGUGUGUGUCUUGGAGAAGGAUUGGCUCGCAUGGAGCUCUUCCUCUUCUUGGUUACUCUCCUGCACCGCUUUCAAUUUGUUUGGCCUGAAGAUGCAGGAGAACCAGAUUUCACUCCUGUGUUUGGAAUAACAGUUACACCCAAACCAUACAGGAUGAAAGUCAGGCUGAGACAGCCAUCUAGACACAUAUAGAACCAGUCUGCAAAUUGGAAACUUAUUCUUUAAGGAACAAUCCUGUGUUAAUUCACAUGUAAAAACUGUUCUAGUAUUAAAUGUUAUGUUUUGAUGAAAGUGUUUAUUGGCUGUUUUA